CUUGCAUCUCUAAGAGUACAAAAAUCUAAACACAAAAACAAAUUAUGGCAUCCUUUUUUGCUCACUUCUUGUUUUUUACCAUCUUGCUAGUUUUUUUCCUUCAACCAUGUUUCCAAAAUUCAUUGUGUCGGAGAGAUGAACACCUUGCCUUGUUACAAUUCAAGGAAAGCUUUGUCAUUGAUAAGCAUGCUUCUUCUGAUGAUCCAUUUGCUUAUCCUAAAGUCAAUCUCUGGAAAUCCCAAGGGAUGGAUUGCUGCUUUUGGAAAGGCAUAUGGUGUGAUCAGGACACUGGUCAUGUUAUAGGCCUUAAUCUCAGUAGUAGCUAUCUUUUAGGUUCCAUCAAUUUCAAUAGUAGCCUCUUCCACCUCUUCCACCUCCAACACCUUAAUCUUGCCUUCAAUGACUUCAAUUAUUCUAAGAUUCCAUCUGCUUUUGCAAAUCUUACAAGUUUAACUUAUCUCAACCUCUCUAAUGCUUUCUUUUCUGGACAGAUACCAUUUGAAAUUUCAAGACUUGUAAGUUUAUCCACCCUUGACCUAGCUUCCACUUACGAUCGCCUUCCAGAAAAAGCACAGUUAGAAUUGAAAAGGCCAAACUUGAGAAGCCUAGUAGAAAAUUUGACAAGCCUGGAAUACCUCCGCCUCUCUUUCAACAAAAUAAAUUCUAGAAUUCCUAGUACCUUAGCAAAUAUGUCCUCCUUAAGGUCCAUCAUUCUUGGCGGUUGUGAAUUGUUCGGAGAGUUCCCAAUGGCAAUUUUCCAACUACCAAAACUUCAAGUCAUUGUUGUGAGUUACAACCGAGGUCUUACGGGUAAUUUGCCUGAGUUUCAGUUUCACAACCAGCUUAUGAUUCUUGCAAUUCACUAUACAAGUUUUUCUGGUAAGUUACCAACCUCAAUUGGAAUGCUCAGCUCUUUGGAGCAUUUGUAUGCUGGUAAUUGCAACUUCUCAGGCUUAUUACCACCUUCUCUAGGAAACAACUUAAAAGGUCCAAUUCCUCCAACUUGGGUAGCUGGAAACAAUUUAAAGGCAAUUCAACUAGGACAAAACAAUUUGAAAGGAAAGCUACCAAGAUCACUGGCAAAUUGUAGAAUGCUAGAGUUUCUUGAUCUUGGUAACAAUCAUAUCAGAGAUAUCUUCCCUUAUUGGUUGGGAACUCUUCCCAAAUUGAAGAUUCUCAUUUUGCAUUUCAACAAAUUCUAUGGUGCAAUUAAUAUUCCAGAGUCGAAUUCCUUGGUCCCUAAUCUUCAGAUCAUUGACCUUUCACACAAUGGAUUUGUUGGUCUUCUGCCAACAAAAUACUUCAAUGUGUGGGGUGCCAUGGUAGAUGUUGAUAAGGAGAACACAAAAUAUUGGCAUGCAUAUGACAAUUAUAAGUUGAAUGGCUUCAUGGACGCCAAUCCAUACCCUUACUCAAUGACAAUAAUAAACAAAGGAGUGAAGAUGGAAUAUCCAAAGGUAUUAGAGAUUUUCUCAGCCAUUGAUCUUUCUUGCAACAAAUUUGAGGGAGAGAGUUCAAAUGUAGUAGGGAGCUUAAAGGGACUUCAACUGCUUAACCUUUCCAAUAACAUCCUUGUUGGUCCAAUCCCACUAGCCUUGGGAAAUCUCAAAAAUCUUGAAGCUCUAGACCUUUCUCAAAACAAGCUCACAGGAAGCAUUCCCAUGCAGUUGACACAGCUCAAUUUCCUUGAAGUCUUCAAUGUGUCUUACAACAAUUUGACAGGAUCUAUCCCAAAAGGCCAACAAUUUGAUACAUUUGACAAUAGCUCAUUUGAUGGGAAUUCAGGGUUAUGUGGAUUUCCAUUGUCAAGGAAAUGUGACCACUUGAAGUCCUCGUCUCCACCAUCUUCAAACUCUGAAGGAAAUGAAAAUUCUGGAUUGCUAGCUGAAUUUGGUUGGAAAACAGUGGCGUUGGGUUAUGGAUGUGGAUUCCUUGUUGGUGUGGUGAUUGGAAACAUUGUUUUUGCAAGAACAAGUGAGCAGUUGAUGAGGACUUACCGAAUCAGGCUAUUAAGGGGGAGAAGGAUGAGGAGGAUCCAGUGAAGAUGAAUGUCUAUCUAUUGGUGGUAGAUAUAGCCUUUCGUUCUGUAUUUCUUUUUCCCACAUUUCUCUAUUUUUUCUUCUUUUUGUUUUGUGUGUGUGGAUUAUAAUCCAAGUAGAUGGAGUGCAAAACCAAUGUAUUGUGUGGAUUGUUGUACUUUAAAGUUGAAUCAAUAAAUUGGACUUCAACUU